UCAGCACAAUGAUGAAACGGAGGAAACAGAGGCUUGGAGCCCCAUCUCUGCGGAUCCAAAUCUCCUCUUCUUUGUACUCCCACUGCCGAGGAAGUGAUGUUCAUCAGCACACGUUCUCUCCUACAUCUGCUCCAGGUCUGCAGCACCUUAAAUUCCCGUUUAGUGCUGACUGUGCACUUGUUACUUCUCCUCUAGUAUUUUACCUGAACUCAAAAACCCAGAGCAAUCCAUCUAGUCCAUGCUACAGCCAUCCUUUUCAGUGGAGCUGUCGGACGAGCAACAGAAAGAGUUUGAUUGUAACAUCCAGCACAUCUCCAACUCUCCCGCGCCCACAUUCCCCUCUUCAUGGACAUGCAGGUAGCAGCCCUUUGGACAGUCCCAGGAACUUCUCCCCCAGUGCACCUGCUCAUUUUUCCUUUGUUCCUGCCCGAAGCCACGGACACAGAGCGGACAGAACGGAUGGUCGCCGCUGGUCCUUGGCCUCCCUUCCUUCAUCUGGAUAUGGAACAAACACUCCCAGUUCGACAGUUUCUUCAUCAUGCUCAUCUCAGGAGAAGCUGCACCAGCUGCCCUUUCAGCCCACGGCAGAUGAACUUCAUUUCCUGACAAAGCAUUUCAGUACUGAGAGCAUCACUGAUGAGGAAGGGCGCCAUUCUCCAGCCUUGAGGCCUCGAUCUCGCAGUCUCAGCCCGGGUCGUUCCCCAGUUUCCUUUGACAGCGAAAUAAUAAUGAUGAAUCAUGUGUACAAAGAAAGGUUUCCAAAGGCCACAGCGCAGAUGGAAGAACGGCUGGCUGAGUUUAUUGCCUCUAAUGCUCCAGAGAACGUGCUGCAAUUAGCAGAUGGGGUCCUAAGUUUCAUUCAUCAUCAAGUUAUUGAACUGGCCAGAGAUUGCCUAGAUAAAUCACGUGAAGGUCUUAUUACUUCUCGGUACUUUUAUGAGCUGCAGGAAAACUUGGAGAAACUUCUCCAGGAUGCCCACGAGCGAUCCGAGAGCUCCGAGGUUGCCUUUGUUACCCAACUUGUAAAGAAACUGAUGAUUAUCAUUGCGCGACCAGCUCGGCUGCUUGAGUGCCUGGAGUUUGAUCCUGAAGAGUUCUACCAUUUGUUAGAAGCUGCGGAAGGCCAUGCCAAGGAAGGGCAAGGAAUUAAAUGUGACAUUCCUCGUUAUAUCAUCAGCCAGCUGGGGCUCACCAGGGAUCCCCUGGAGGACUGUCCUUUCCAGCCACAUGUCUCAAAGGAGUGUUGCUGGGAAAUGGCCCAGCUGAAUAGCUAUGACAGCCCAGACACUCCUGAGACAGAUGAUUCAGUCGAGAGCCGUGGGGCCUCUGUCCAGUCAAAGAAAACUCCAUCUGAAGAAGAGUUUGAAACUAUUAAACUGAUCAGUAAUGGUGCUUAUGGAGCGGUGUAUUUGGUGCGGCACAAGACCACCCGUCAGCGUUUUGCCAUGAAGAAGAUCAACAAGCAGAACCUAAUUUUGAGAAACCAGAUCCAGCAGGCGUUUGUGGAGAGAGAUAUCUUGACGUUUGCUGAGAACCCCUUUGUGGUCAGCAUGUUCUGCUCCUUUGAGACCAAGCGCCACCUGUGCAUGGUUAUGGAGUAUGUGGAAGGAGGCGAUUGUGCUACACUUCUCAAGAACAUUGGUGCCCUACCUGUUGAUAUGGCGAGAAUGUAUUUUGCCGAGACUGUUCUGGCAUUGGAGUACCUACACAAUUAUGGGAUUGUUCAUCGCGACCUAAAACCUGAUAAUCUCCUGAUAACUUCCAUGGGUCACAUUAAACUAACAGACUUUGGACUGUCUAAAAUUGGGUUAAUGAGUCUUACAACCAAUCUUUACGAGGGACACAUUGAGAAGGAUACCAGGGAAUUCCUGGACAAGCAGGUCUGUGGGACUCCGGAAUACAUUGCACCAGAAGUGAUCCUGCGCCAGGGCUAUGGGAAGCCUGUGGACUGGUGGGCCAUGGGAGUCAUCCUGUACGAGUUUCUGGUGGGCUGCGUGCCUUUCUUUGGGGACACACCUGAAGAGCUGUUUGGACAAGUGAUCAGUGAUGAAAUUGCCUGGCCAGAAGGUGAUGAUGCACUGCCACCAGAUGCCCAGGACCUAAUUUCUAAGCUUCUCCGUCAAAAUCCUCUGGAAAGAAUGGGAACAGGUAGUGCCUUUGAAGUGAAACAGCACCGGUUCUUUAAAGAUUUGGACUGGAAUGGAUUACUUCGGCAGAAAGCUGAAUUCAUCCCACAGUUGGAAUCUGAGGAUGACACAAGCUAUUUUGACACCCGUUCGGAACGGUACCAACACCUGGAUUCAGAAGAAGAGGAGGACACUAAUGAUGAUGAUCAUGUGGAAAUUCGGCAGUUCUCCUCAUGCUCGCCAAGGUUCAGCAAGGUGUACAGCAGCAUGGAACGUCUUUCCAUCCAUGAAGAGAGGAAGACUCCACCACCAACUAAACGGAGUCUAAGUGAAGAAAAAGAUGACCGACUGGACAGCCUUGGUGGCUUGAAGAGUCGAGACCGCAGCUGGGUGGUUGGAUCUCCUGAAAUAUUGCGUAAGCGCUUGUCUAUGUCUGAAUCUUCACACACGGAGAGCGACUCCAGCCCACCCUUGACAGUCCGUCGACGCUGCUCAGGGCUUCUUGAUAUGCCCCGCUUUGCCAUCUCUGCCGAGGAUGAGGGAACAGUUCUCAAAAGGCCACAGUCCGAGGGGAUGCUCUUAUCUGCGGUGCAGGCACGUGAGGGGCUGCCAGUGCCCAUUCCAGAACAGCCUGUGGAGCAGGAGCUGCAGCUGGAAGGCGAAGCUGGACCCACUACCCCCUCCAUGGCUGUCAGCAGCGCCUCAAUGCUGUCAGCUGGGAGCACUGCAGAUUUCUCUGAUCCACGCGCUCGCAGUAAUAGCAAUGAAGGCCCAGACUUCACCACUCCAAAAGCCAUCAGCGAUUUGGCAGUGCGGCGGGCACGACACAGGUUGCUCUCUGGGGAAUCAGGGGAGAAACGCACCUCAAGACCUGUCAAUAAAGUGAUUAAAUCGGCAUCCGCUACUGCCUUGUCUCUCCUGAUUCCCUCAGAUCACCACACGUGUUCUCCAUUGGCCAGUCCAAUGUCACCUCAUUCUCUAUCCUCCAACCCAUCUUCGAGGGACUCCUCACCCAGCCGCGACUUUUCUCCUGCUAUCGCAAACCUGAAACCACCAAUCAUCAUCCAUCGGGCUGGAAAGAAAUACGGUUUCACUCUCCGUGCCAUUCGCGUCUAUAUGGGUGACAGUGAUAUCUACACUGUGCAUCACAUGGUCUGGCAUGUGGAGGAAGGCGGUCCAGCAAACGAAGCAGGUCUGCGUGAAGGGGAUCUGAUAACCCAUGUCAACGGGGAGCCGGUCCAUGGACUGGUGCACACGGAAGUGGUGGAGCUGAUUCUGAAGAGUGGAAAUAAAGUGUCCAUCUCCACCACGCCAUUUGAGAACACAUCCAUCAAAGUUGGUCCAGCUCGAAAAGCCAGCUACAAAUCCAAGAUGGCUCGUAGAAACAAGAAGAGCAAAACUAAGGAUGGGCAGGAAAGUAAGAAGAAGAGUUCUUUGUUGAGGAAGAUCACUAAACAAGCAUCGCUGCUUCACACCAGUCGGAGUUUAUCUUCACUAAACCGCUCUCUGUCUUCUGGAGAAAGUGUGCCUGGCUCUCCAACUCACAACCUGUCUCCUCGGUCACCAACGCAGAGUUACAGAUCCACUCCUGAGUCUGUACACUCAGUUGGUGGCAAUUCUUCCCAGAGCAGCUCUCCAAGUUCCAGUGUUCCCAAUUCUCCAGCCAGCUCUGGACACAUCCGACCCAGCUCUCUGCAUGGACUAGCACCAAAGCUUCAAAGGCAGUACAGAUCUCCAAGGCGUAAAUCUGCAGGAAACAUCCCUCUGUCACCACUAGCUCACACUCCGUCGCCAACCCCACAGUCCACAUCACCGCAGCGCUCCCCGUCUCCUUUACCAGGACACUCAGUUGGCAGCUCCAGUAUUAUCCAGUCUUUUCCAGUAAAACUACACUCCUCUCCACCGCUGGUGAGACAGAUUUCUCGCCCCAAAAGUGCUGAGCCCCCUAGGUCUCCUUUGCUAAAGAGAGUGCAGUCAGCUGAGAAACUGGCUGCCUCGCUGUCCUCUUCUGAGAAGAAGCUGGCUUCCUCCCGUAAGCACAGCUUGGAUAUCUCUCACUCUGAAUUUAAGAAGGAGAUGCUCCAGAGGGAUCCUAGUCUCCAGAGCUUGCAAGAAUCUGCGAAUGAAACAACAGGUGGCAAACUUGGGCUAGCGGAAAAAGGGAUGUUGCAGAAGCCGGGGUCACGGAAGUUGGGUGCUAUUCGACAGGACAGGGUGGAGAGGAGGGAGUCUUUGCAAAAGCAGGAGGCCAUCAGAGAAGUCGAUUCUUCCGAAGAUGAAACAGAUGAUGGUUCAGAAGAUAGUCAGGAUGGGAGAAGACUGGACAAGCCCCCUGACAGUGGAGACCAAGGCUCAGAUUCUUUUAAUGAGGAUAAUAAGUUUUCAUCUAAAUUGGAAAGCAAGGAUAGUAUUGAAGAUGAUGCCUUUCUACCUGAGGAUCCAAAAGGUACAGACGAUUUGCAGAAGGGAAAUAAUCAACAAGCCAAGCCUGUUUCAGAGCCACUGCAAAUCGGCGUGCAUCCUCCCCCAUCAGAGGUCCUCCCAAGAACUUCUCCAGAAAAAUUAGCUAAUUUAGAAAAACCAUUCCUAAGAUCAGAAACAACUGCAAAGGAACAUACAUUGCCAGAAAACAAAACUUUUGAGUGUUUUGGUCCAAAAGACAUGUCUUCUGAAGCUAUCAAAGACUUAGGGAGAACUACAAGCACUCAAAAAACAUUAGAUCGCGCAGAACAUACACAGUGCCCGUCUGUCAAACUCCUGGAACCUGAAGAAGGUGACUCUUCAGAGGCCUCGUGUGGUAAACUUGACCUGAAAAACCCUCUGCUAGCAGAAAGCAGUCAGAAAAAGCAGGAUUCCAAACCUCUGCUGGCACUUUCUUCGUGGUGCACGGCAAGCGUGAGCACUCCCCUCUCGGUAAGCCCCGCGGAUCGCAGUGAGAAGGAUCACAAGGAGAUGCUUCAGCCCACAGAACGGCACAGCACCUCAUUGCUAUCUCCUGGAAGUGCAAGCGAAAUGUCCCCAAAAAGCCCCAGUACUGAAAAGCAGCCCAACCUGCCCCAGGCAGAGAGUGCUUCGACCGCCAGCAAAGCGAGCCCGGCAGGUCUGGUGUCCUCCACACUCCUCGUCCCCGGUGCUAUCGAAAGAGCUCUCUCCGUGUCCCAGUUAGUGCCGCUGGCUCAGAGCGUGUUAGGCCCUCUGAAGCUCAGUAUGUCUGGUUCUGGAGAGGUGGAAAAGAGAAAGGAUUUCCCCAGUUUGGGUGUCUCCUGUAAAGAAGAGAGAGAUUCGAAACAAAAAAGACAGGAAACUUCACAAGCCUGUCAAGAGAAAGCCAAACUGCCAAGUGCAGAUGGUCUGACCACAAGGAGCAGGUCCUGCGCCGAGUCGUUAAACUCAGCAAAGCCCUGGGAGGCAACGUGUCCGGUGGUGGCAAAAAAGGAGGUGACGUCUUGCAGUGCUAAAACGUUGGAAGUGUUGGGAGGUAGCUACAAAAUCACUCCGCCGCAGGAGCCGUCUCAUGCUCUCGGACAAGCAGCUCUGAGAGCCUCUCCUCUGCCAGAUGGCAGCACGAGGCCCUGUAAAGAAGGGACCCUCGCGCAAGCAAAAAGCAAAGAGGUUGGAAAUCAGUUAAAAAUACAAGACUUUCCCCUGUCACAUGAUGUUGCUGUAAAGAAAACAUAG